AAAUUUGCAAUUUGAUAAAACUUUUAUUAUUUUACACCUUUUUUUCUUAAAAACUGGAAAUUUAUUAAAAUGGGUUCGCGGGUAACAAAUAGUUCUACGGUUGAUUCUAGUGAAAUUCCACUAUGCAAUGAGAAAUACAUUUCGGUAUAUUUAAAUGUAUAUGACAUGCUGCCAAGGGGGAAAAUUACGGAUAUGUGUUAUAAAAUGGGCGUUGGAGUAUUUCAUUCUAGUGUAGAAAUUUUAGGAAGAGAAUAUAAUUUUGGAGGUCACGAUUCUGAUUACACUGGAGUUUUUGUCACUAGACCUAAACAAGGUCCACCGAACGUAACGUUCAAGGAAUCCAUUGCAAUGGGAUAUACAACAAUGGAUAAAGAAGAGAUAAAAAAUGUCAUUGAUGAAUUAUCACGUGAAUGGCAUGGAAACACCUAUAAUCUAUUAACAAGAAAUUGCAAUCAUUUCUCGAGCGAAUUAUGUGAGCAAUUAGUUGGAAAACCUGCACCGAAAUGGAUAAAUAGAGCUGCUAAAUUAGGAACUUUUUUUCCAUGUGUUGUACCGAAUGGGUCGGAACUUGAUAAUGCGACAGUACCAAUAACUGCAACAAUAAAUACGAGUACAAAUACAAGUACAAAUAUAAAUACAAACACAACAACUAGUUAUGAACCAUACAUUAUUUCGGAUACUCAGGCAUCAACAAAUCGUUAAACAAUCUAACAAUACUUACCUAAUUUUUUUAUCAUUAAUCAAUCAAUCAUUAUGUAAUUCUGUACAUAUAACUUAUCUACGUCAUAGAAUCUGGCCUUGUAUGGUUUCAUCAUCGGAAAUCAUUUACAUCAAAUCAUUAUUACUAUUUAUUUUAUUUUAAUAUUAAUAUUCAAGAUAUUUUAUUUAUAAUUUAAAUUAGA